CGUUACCUUAUCCACUUCGCUUCCAUUUCCACCACACGCUGGCUCGCCGGCCCCAGCCCCAACCCCAACCCCGCCGAGCGCCGCUGCUAGCUCUGCACCGGCGUCUGAGGCGAGGGGAACCAACCGCCAAUCCUCGACCAUAUCUCCGUUCAUAUCUACUUCCUCGCCGACGGAGGCUGUGAUAUAGACGGCCGGCGAAGCCUAGACUUGAUUGACUCUCCGGCGCGAGGUUGCCACAUAUUUAGUCCACUUCACCUUAUUACCAUAUCCAUCUCGGCGGACCGGAUCUACAACCGGCGAGGGAGGCGGGGUCUCUCCGCUUCGCAAUCGUCACAAGGCGGAACUGGAUUGACGCGUUGAAGUGGUGGGUUGACGCUCCUCCCCUUGGAAAUUCUCGAUCCACCGAGUCAGGGGUCCGUGAAGCAGCAUGUCGAACGCUCUGGUUAAUGGCCUAGCCGGCGCCGGCGGAGGCAUCAUAGCUCAGAUAAUCACCUACCCUAUUCAGACCGUGAAUACUCGUCAACAGACCGAGAGGAUUGCCAAGAAGACGUCGCAGGCCUCGGCCAUUGGAGGCGGCCACCUCCCAUCGUCAGGAGGAACCAUCUACGAAAUGCUUCAGCUUAUCAAAAUGGAAGGUUGGGGAGGGCUGUACAGUGGCCUUAAGCCAUCGCUAGUUGGCACUGCUACGUCUCAGGGAAUAUAUUAUUACUUCUACCAGUUACUGAAGAAUAAGGCAGAGUCCAUUGCUGCUGCCCGCAAGAAGAAAGGGCUUGGUGAUGGAACUGUGGGUAUGUUCUCUUGGCUUGUUGUCGCAGCUAUUGCAGGGUCGUUGAAUGUGUUGCUGACUAAUCCAAUAUGGGUCCUGGUUACUCGUAUGCAGACACAUACACAAGCAGAGAGGAAAAUCAUGGAGGCUAGAAAGGAGGCUAUCUUGAAGGAAUAUGCUCGCAUCACUAAUGUGGAGAAUGAGUUGGCUAAACUUGAACUGAUCAAACCACAGCCAUAUGGAGCAUUUCAUGCGGUGAGGGAGGUUUACAACGAAGCAGGCAUAAAAGGAUUCUGGAAAGGGCUCAUCCCGACUCUUAUCAUGGUAUGCAAUCCAUCAAUUCAGUUUAUGAUUUAUGAAACCUCAUUAAAGCACCUACGGAAAAAGCGCAGUGGAAAUGGUAAUGGAGUAAAAGAUGUAACCGCUUUACAGGUUUUCUUACUGGGGGCGCUAGCAAAACUAGGGGCAACGGUGGUAACAUAUCCUUUAUUAGUUGUGAAGUCUAGGUUACAGGCAAAGCAAGAAAUCGGCAAGAAUGCAAUGUCUAGAUACACAGGAACUCUGGAUGCGAUACUAAAGAUGAUCCGUUAUGAAGGACUGUAUGGAUUUUAUAAAGGCAUGGGGACCAAGAUUGUGCAGAGUGUAUUUGCUGCUUCGGUCCUCUUCAUGGUAAAAGAAGAAUUGGUUAAGGCUUUUGUUUUUGUUUCUGAUAAGGGUAAGAAAAUACAUACGACUGCAAUUGGUGAGUGAAGAACACAAUAUCGUUGUCUCACCAUUCAAGAUUUGCAAAUAUAAGGAGGUUUCAUUCGUAAGUUUAGUUGAAUAUUUUCUUUUCUGGCUUUUGUAUAUUGAUCUAUACUACAGAAGUGUAGAAGCAAGUAUCAUCACUAGUAGAAUGCAAUUGUCACUAGACAAACCUAUUGUAGGUAGCAA